AUGGCUUUCUCUACUGAUUCCUCAUUCAAGCUUUUGUGGAAAACAGACAGGAAAUUGUUAACUUAUGGCCAUAGAGACUCGACGUACGAACCCCAAAUCAGCCCACAAAACUUGUCCAAUCACAGCCGAUACAUCCGACAGGAUAGACCAGCCAAUCAUAUAGCAUUUCUGAAGAUUCACAAAGCUGCCAGUACAACGGUUGCAAAUAUCUUUCUACGUUAUGGCUAUGAAAAAAAUCUCGUCAUGGCUGUACCAAAAGGCCUUGGUGGGGGUGGUCCUUCACUGUCACCACGCUACUUCUACCCUCCGCCAGAAAAUGGAACUUACGAUAUUUCCUGUGCGCAUGUCCCGUAUAACAGAGAAGACUUUAGUAAAGUCUUACCUAAAGAUACUAUAUACAUAGGAAUUGUGAGAGAGCCAUUUAGCCUUUUUAGAUCAUUUAUACAUUUUUUCCGUCCCAAAAAUGUGGUUGAUUUACCAGGAGAAAACCCAGUGUUGAAAUAUCUGUCUAAUAAUGAAAAACCAGUGAAAUUUGAACGAUAUACUGUUGCCAGAGCCAUUGACAGGAUGUACGAUUUAAAUAUGAUGGCAAAUGAGUUUGGAUUUCCCAAGGAAUUAUUUUUCAAGAGAGAUGAAACUGUAAUACAAAGUUAUUUACGCAAACUCGAUAAGGAGAUGGAUAUCGUGUUGGUGGUAGAAUAUCUGGACGAAUCUCUCGUGAUGAUGCGACGGAUUUUAAACUGGGAUCUCAGACAUGUUUUAUAUGGCAGCAUUCAUAUUAACAAGCGCCAAUACCCUCGCCUGAAAUUUGGAUCAACUGAGAAAAAUCUGUUUAAAGUGAAAUCAUAUCUCGAUUACGCAUUAUAUGAUUAUUUUCUGCUUAAAUUUCAAGACAAUCUCAAACGCCAACAUUCUGAUUUCUAUGAAGAAGUUGCUUACUUCAGAAAAACAAGAAUGAUCUUUGAUAAUUUCUGUAAGUCUGCAAAAUCUGGCAGAAUUACAAGAAGCACACUGUCAUUUGAAGGCAGUGAGUGGAACAGGCCAUUCGUCCUCACAGUGGAGCAUUGUAAAUGGCUCUACAUCAGCGGCGUUACGUUUUAUAACAGAAUUAUAACUGAACAGGGUCUCCGAGAUAAUUGUAACGUAACAAGUUAUAUCAGCCUACAUCAAUCACGCUUGUUUGUCCGGAUGGAAGCACGCGUGGAGUCUUACUGGGGUGAAAACCCACGUGGUCGGGUAGGUGUUCGAACCCCGGCCGCCAAGUGUGCUGCCACUGUGCCACCAAUCACCCGGUAG